UUGUUACAACGUGGGACUAGUGGUGACUGCUGGCUUUGGAGUCGUCCGAUUUUAUAGCAUAAUUCUUCAUAUUAUGUCUAAUUAGACAAUUUGGCUACAAAAUGCAGGUGUCCAGUAUAAAUAAUGUUAAGAUAUAUAAUCUGAGCCAUGGCAAGUCUCUUCCAGAGUGGCUUUCGGAUCGAAAGAAAAGAGCAUUACAAAAGAGAGAUGUUGAUGUCCAGAGAAGGAUUGAACUCAUUCAGGAUUUUGACAUGCCCACUGUGUGCACAGCUAUCAAAGUGUCACGUGAUGGCCAGUAUAUUUUAGCAGCAGGCACAUACAAACCCAGGAUUCGAUGUUAUGACACCUGUCAGUUGUCUCUGAAGUUUGAAAGGUGUUUGGACUCUGAUGUGGUGACCUUUGACAUCCUGUCUGAUGAUUACUCAAAGCUUGUGUUUCUGCAUAUUGACCGUUACGUGGAGUUCCACUCCCAGCACGGGCACUACUAUAAGACACGCAUCCCUAAAUUUGGCCGUGAUUUCUCCUAUCACUACCCCUCCUGUGAUCUGUACUUCGUAGGGGCCAGCUCUGAAAUUUACCGGCUGAACCUUGAACAGGGGAGAUUUCUGAACUCUCUGCAGACGGAUGCUACACAGAUCAAUGCAUGUGACAUAAACCCUGUCCACCACCUAUUUGCUGCUGGGACUUUGGAGGGCAGGGUGGAGUGCUGGGAUCCACGCAUGCGCACCCGCGUUGCCCUGUUGGACUGCGCCCUCAGCAGCGUGACGGAGGGAACAGAAGUGGAAGGCUUACCUUCUGUCAGCGCGCUCAGAUUUAACAGCUCACUUGGUAUGGCUGUGGGCACUACCACUGGACAGGUUUUGCUGUAUGACUUGCGUUCCUCACACCCCCUGCUGGUGAAGGAUCAUUAUUACGGCCUGCCCAUCCAUUCCCUCCAUUUCCAUGAGCAGCUGGACCUAGUGCUGUCGGCAGACUCUAAGAUUAUCAAGAUGUGGCACAGAGACAACGGUAAAAUAUUUUCGUCCAUCGAACCACCAACAAACAUAAAUGAUGUUUGUGUUUGUCCUGGCUCAGGUAUGAUCUUCACUGCCAAUGAAGACCCUAAGAUGAGCACGUUUUACAUUCCUGCCCUGGGCCCUGCUCCACGCUGGUGCUCCUUCCUGGACAACCUGACCGAGGAGCUGGAGGAGAACCCAGAGAGCACUGUUUACGAUGACUACAAGUUUGUCACCCGCAAGGACCUCGAGACCCUUGGCCUAACACACCUAAUUGGCUCACCUCUGUUAAGGGCCUACAUGCAUGGCUUCUUUAUGGACAUCCGGCUUUACCACAAGGUUAAGACCAUGGCAAAUCCAUUUGCCUACGAAGAGUACCGCAAAGAGAAGAUCCGGCAGAAAAUCGAAGAGUCCAGAGUCCAGCGAGUCCAGCUCAAGAAACUGCCCAAGGUGAAUAAAGAGCUCGCCAUUAAGCUGAUGGAGGAAGUUGAGGACGAAGAUGCGCUAAGUGUAAAGAAGACAAAGAAGGCCAAGGGCUACAACCAUUUCCAGGGCACUACGAGCAUACUCAGAGACGACCGCUUCAAGGUGAUGUUUGAGAACCCAGACUACCAAGUGGAUGAGCAGAGUGAGGAGUUCCGCUUGCUCAACCCCAUUGUGUCCAAGGUGGGCCAGAAGAGGAGAAAGCAGCUGCAGCGGUUAGCCGAGCAAGACGCCAUUCAGCAGGGGGAUGAUGAGGAAGAGGAGGUGGAGGGCCGUGCUAGCUCAGAGGAAGAGGAGAGCUCUGACGACGACAAAAGCUGGGUGGAAGAGGUGAGGGUGCAGCGGCGCCUCCUAUGGGCCGAGAACAACGCGCGCAGGUUUAAAGAGAGGAAACAAGAGGACCGUGAUGCCCGGCUGCAGGGCUCGGAGCUGGCCACAAGCUCCCAGGUGGCCCCAGCUCGGGGCAACAGCCGGCCGCGUUUCUACCAGAUCAAAGAUGGAGAGGAGUUCCGGAGCUUCGGAGAUGUGGCGCGCAAACAGAAGAUGCAAAAGGCUUCUCUUGAGCAGCGUGUGAAACGGGAGGAGAGCUUAGGGAUGCUGGAUCUUGCCGAUACAGCCGUUGGAAGCAAGCAGCUGACCUUCACACUCAAGAAGACGGAGAAGCAGCGACACCAGCAGCAGGCCGAGCGGGACCACCAUGAGGAGAGGAGGAAGAUCAGGCGGGCCGCAGGCCACCUCUACACCCGGGGCAGGGGUAGAGGAAGAGGAGGCAGAGGCAGAGGCAGAGGCCGACUAUGAA